CUUAUGGACCACGGCAGGUGCUGCCUGCCGCAGGGGAGCCAGUUGAGACAGGAAAAGUCCUGCAAGCUGUAUCGCAAGCGGAGGCGACGCCACUGAAUGCAGCAUCUGCAUCUGCAUCCGCAACCGACGCAUCCAUCAAGCAACGAUCAAGAACCAAUACUCGCCUAAAUGAAGAAUGAAGAAACAAAAUGUGCGCACGAUAUCCUUGAUCGUGUGUACAUUUACCUAUUUGCUAGUCGGCGCCGCUGUCUUUGACGCCCUCGAAUCGGAAACGGAAAAGCGUCGUUGGGAGGCGCUGCAAGAUGCCGAGGACAUGAUAAUACGCAAAUACAAUAUAUCACAGGAGGACUUCAAAGUCAUGGAGACUGUGGUGCUUAAAUCGGAAUCGCACAAGGCCGGCCAGCAGUGGAAGUUCACCGGUGCAUUUUAUUAUGCAACCACGGUGCUCACAACCAUAGGCUAUGGACAUUCGACGCCCAGCACGGUGGGCGGAAAGCUCUUUACCAUGUGCUAUGCCAUUGUGGGGAUUCCCCUGGGACUCGUUAUGUUCCAGAGCAUCGGAGAAAGAGUGAAUAGACUGAGCAGCUACGUUAUCCAAGCGGUCCGCACCUCGCUGCGCUGCAAACGGACCGUCGCCUCGGAGGUGGACCUUAUAUGUGUUGUGACCACACUCAGUUCGCUGACGAUAGCAGGCGGUGCUGCGGCCUUUUCAAGAUUUGAGGGCUGGAGCUACUUUGAUUCAGUAUAUUACUGUUUUAUUACUUUAACCACAAUAGGCUUUGGCGACAUGGUAGCCCUGCAGCGGGAUAAUGCACUGAACAGGAAGCCCGAAUACGUGAUGUUUGCACUGAUAUUUAUACUGUUCGGCCUGGCCAUCGUGGCCGCCUCGCUGAACUUGUUAGUACUUAGGUUUGUUACAAUGAAUACCGAGGAUGAGCGACGCGACGAGGCCCAGGCCAUGCAGUUUAUGUCCAAGUCCAGUUUAUGGACCAACGAGGCGCUUCAAGUGGCUGUAAAGCUGGAGGGCGAUGUGAUAACUUCCAACGGAUCCAUAUUGAGCGGCUACGAAGGACACGACGGCCAGUCCCUCAACGGAAGCAACACCUCGUCCAUGUGCACGUGUCCUUGCUUGAGUCUUAAUAGGAACCGGCAUAAAAAGAACAACCACUUGGGCAAGAACGGCGACGCAGAAAAUCAAUACAAGCUGAGGCGAUCGCCCACGCAUAUGCGACACCUGCUGCCAGAGGUGGUGCCGAUGCAGGACUUGAACUAUGACUAUGACACGCAGAGCCUGCACACUCUGGCCGAUCGGGGAACCGUGGACAGCAGCUAUAUGGGCGUGGACAUGGUGGAUACGGCGAGCAACGGAUCACCGAUGCGGCCGCACACAUUGUUGAAGCGCAACGUCUCACUUUUAUCCUUUCGCAUCUAGGAGGAGCUAGGGAGCUAGAGACUUGCCAGUGAAGGAUCCAGGUGCAGCGGGAUGCAGGAACAACGAAGUGGCGGCCCCGACCCUGUGUGGACCUGCCCUCGCCAAAAACGACUUACAAAUCGAAAGUGAUAACAAGGCUCUAAUAGUACUUAAAAACUUAUUUAGAUUCAUAACUGAAUGUAGGACACGAUUGAGUUGGUCGGCGGUAUUGGAUUGGGUGCAGUUUAAGUGCGCUCCCCGAGAUGCUAUAUACAUGUAUGCAUUUACCAUGUGAACUAGUGCAUAACUCUAUAUCCCAAUAGUGGGCAUGAUAGCGUAAACCUAUAUGUAUACACAUACUACCACUUACAACUAGGGCACUAUACAAUUGAAUGUAAACCACUGCCAUUUCUCCGAAAGUCAAAAGAACCCAAGAGCCACUCGAAAGGAUUCAGAAACGGCAAAACUCACUAUAAAAAGAUUGAUUUUCCAAUUUCAGUGAUGCUCUGCAGUCGUGCUGAAAUCAAACCAUGUAUAUCUACGUUAAUACGUGUUCUUUUUUGAUAAAUUUCAAACUAUUUUAGUUUUUUAUAAACUUGUUCUUUCUUAAAUUGUCAAGAGAGUGUUCUAAUAUAAUUGGUCAACGAAAAAGUCACCAACUUAACUCUUAAAAUUCAACCAAAUAAUAAAUUCAAAUAAUAAUUCAACCGGAUAAUUAAUUCAGAUAGAUAAAUGCAAGAAAACUUUUCCAAAAAUAAAUCAAAAUUUAACAUUUAUUUCCAAAACUGAGCGUAUAAACGUAGAAUGCAUGCGAAAUGCCAAAACACAAAAGGGAAUGAAAGUGUCAAAUUAAAUGCUGUAAAUAAUCUAUAGCUGAUUAAUGGUAGAUGAUGUUUAAAAGAAUCCAUUUUAUUCCGAUUUAUGAUUACGUAAUGUUUGAAUACAAACUCGAUAUUAAUUUACGAUUACUGUACGCAUAUUGUAGUUAGAAAAGCCACAUCUAAGGCUAUAUAUCCUCGACAUCCAGCUCGAUCUAACCCAGUGUCAAAUACUUAGCUAGAAGCCCGGAAUAUUUCUGGCAACUCCAGUGCUCAAGUGACUCCACGAUGUGCCAAAUAACCCACUCGUACGUGCAAACGGAAAAUGUGUGUUUGAAUCGUACGUUUUAGACGACCGGCAGACACAUACCGUCUCGGAUCCCAAGACCUCCCCUUAUCGCAUUUAUGCAAAGAAUGCAUUUAGUUAUAGUUGUAGAUACACCACUUGAUGCUUAGUUUAGGCAUUCCAUGGAUAUUAUUUACGGCAUUUGCAUUUAAAAUAGACUUUACGAAUAUCUGUUCUAGUUAGUUGAACCAUAUUUUCAAGGCCCUUGCUCACUCGAGACGUCAAACGCUUCAAGAACUCUCUUUUAUCCUUAUGUGCUUUGUAUAUAUUAGUAUAUUUACAUUUAUAAAAAAUAAUUACUUUAAUAAUGAUACAAAAAAAAAUAUUGUUAAAACCGAAACUAUGUCAGUUUGGGGAACUUAGUUAUGUACGUUUUUCAUUUAACUUAACGAUUUUUGAAUUCAGUAUAUAUAUAAAAAAGAAAAUAUAGAAGCAAAGGAAAUUGUAAUUUUA